GGUGAGUGGCAGGAGGUGCGGGCGUCAGUAAACAAACCCACCACCACGGGAGCAGACGUGUGCACACCAGGCUCAGCCCUACACCUCACCUCAACCCUCAUAGGCUGUACAUAAAGGGAAUAAUUAUGGCUCCAGGGAGACACCGGGAUGAUAAAAAGAAAAUGACAAGGACCGAGGCAGAAGAAAUAAUGGAAACAGAUGCGCGAUCAAAAGACUUUUGGACUGUUGACUAUGAUUAUGACAAUUGUCACAAGUUACAGCGUGUCCUUGAUGUGCUCUACAAUUCAGUAUCUGGUAAUAACUAUGAAGUUGACUACCAAGAGAACCAGAAUGGCACCCGUCUCAUAAUACGUUGCAAUAUUUGCAGCAAAGACUUGACAUCUUACGAUCCUUUCUACACCCAUGAGAAUGGCAGAAACCAUAAGAAGUGUCGGCAGCAAGUUUUGACACCAAAGGAUCCAAAUAUCAGCGGCACGUUGCAAAGACGGUUUCUUAAUGAGCCUCGGGAAACUUUUGAAAGAGGAUCUUUAGAGGAUGACAUUGACUCGACAAAAUUACCCAUCCUUGGUGUACAAUUUGUGUACAAGGAGGUCAUUAAUGGUGAGGAAUUAUUUACCUGUCAGUUGUGUGAAAAAGAUGAUAAAGUUACACGUAUCCGAUCUAGAAAAAUGUUUUCACACCUUGUGUCGAAGUGUCACAGCAGAAAAUACCUGGAAGUCAAAUUUGGAUUUUCCAAGAAAGAAAUGGAUUUUGAAGAUUCAGCAAAGGAAAUUGAAGAACUUGAAGGAAAAAUUCAUGCAAACAUUGCAGAUUUCACAAAACAACUUCCACCAAACAUGAUACGACCUAAAGGCCAUACAAAACAUAGAAUUUCAAGAAGUCGUUCUAGGAGUCAAUCGCGAUCCCGACAUUCACCAAGCCGAUCGCCAAGUCAUUCCCGAAGCCGGAGAUCUGUCAGUCGCUCCCGUAAUGGUAAAUUUGGCAGUGCAUCGUGUAGUAGGUGGUCUGAAAGUCCUGCAAGAAAUCUUCAUUCCAAAAGUUCUUCACCAAGGAAGUCUAAAAGUAACUCUCCAGUACCUGCAGACCCAGUGAUUAUUCUACCAGAGCCAGCAAAACCUCUCACAUUUGAUGUUGAGGUAACAGCCGACAUGUCGGAAAACUGUAAACCUGUUUUGAAAGAAGUAAACCUUUUGCAGGAGGUGGAAUGUCGGGAAAUGUUGCAAAAAGACACAGAUAUGCAGGACCUACUUAUUCAAACAUUAUGGGUGCUCAACCAGAAGCUUCACAAAUGGUAUAUUCGUACUGGUGGGUUGGUCACUGCUCCAGGUGAAGAGAGAGUUCCUCUUAGUACAUGCACAAGCAAAGUUUGGCAGAAUAUUGAAAAACUGGAAUUAAUUCCACCUAUUCCAGAAAAAACAAAUAAAACCUAAGAGAAAAUUGAUGUACAAGACUGCACAUCAUAAACUGAACCUCUGCAUUAUGAAUCUUGCUACUGUAAAUAUAUCAAAAAAUUUCUAGCAUAGCAUAAUCCUGAAAGUAAAGAAUCCAUUUAUUGACACAAAUUGCUUAAUACAAUCCAGUAUAUUAAUAUUCUCCAGUUAUGCAAAUCAAAGUUGUUACCUUAAGGACUAUCAAAGUAUUUUUGUAAAAGUUUUAUUGGAGUACCGUUUUGUUUUUAUUACUUUGUGUUAAACAGUUUCUUAUGGUUUAUUAAUACAGUUGAAGCUUAAUUAUUUAGUGAUCUAUGUGAGGCCUAGUGAAUGAGAUUUCUACCUCGAAUGCAAAAACUGUGUUAAAUAUAUUUAUAUAGAUCAGAUAAUAAGAGGUCCUGGUAUGCAUAUUUUUAUAUUUAUCAAAUUGCUUAAAAUCCUGAAAAUUUAAUUUAAAUUUGGUACAUAUUCAAUAUUGCACGAUUUCAUAUUUUUUGUCGAGUGAAAUUUGCAUUCUUGUCUCUGAAACAAUUUUUUGCAUUCCAGAAGUCUACUUUUACAAAUGUGCUAAACUACUUCAUUGCAAGUUCAAAAGAAAGAUUAAAUGCAGACAAUGAAUCGCAGUAUCAUGGCUAAAGUUAUGAUAAUCAAUUACACACGGAAAUCACAAUGCAUCAAAUGAACAAAUCCACAAGGGCCAUGAUGAGGACACGGUCAACUCUUUUUGACCAUGUCGUAGCUCAGUCAUCGUCCUAGGCAGCGUUUGGGAUGCUCUCGGACACAGGUUCGAAUCCUCGUCACGGCCCUUGUGGAUUUGUUCGUGAUGAUCAAACCUCACCAGAAAAUAAAGAAACUGAUGUUUUGGUCCCUCCUGGACCACGUGAUAUAUCACGUCGAACCCAUCAUGGACAUGAUAAUGGCCCAGGACAGACCGAAACGUUUUUGUUUUCUGAUGUGUGGUUUGGUAAUCACAACUUGCAAUGAACUUGUAUAAAUGUUUGAUGCAAAUUGGGCCAUCACACUUUAUUUUUUAAAUACAAAUAAGGUGCAUUUCCCAAUUUGGAUAUGAGACAUUGAAAGGCCUCUUAUACUGUAUUAUAAUUGAGAUUAGUCUGUAGUUCUGGUUUUAUGCUACAAAAGUUUUGGAGUUGCUACUAUAUUUUCUUUGUACAUAGAGAUAACCAGUUUGUUUUUGAAGCUCGCUAUGCAUAUUUUUUAAAGUAUUAAAAUGA